CCUCGACGCCUGGAGCUGCACACCGAGGACGUUCAACCCGUACUGUGCUUGGCGCAUCGCUCUUGGGGUUUUCACUUGAGCUUGAAGGACAGAAAAUUAUGGGUAUAAAAAGCCCCCCCGGCUUCGUUGCUUGUUCCUUCCUUUCACCAUCACACUCCCGCCCACAAGUCACUUGAAAAGAAAGAAUUCCCCUCCUGGCACCAAUAUCUUGAAUUCUUUUAACAAACUACAAUAGGAACCAUGUUGUUCAUGAAACUCUUGUUGAACUUUUUGGUGGCUGGUGUUGCUAUUGCCAGUGUGGUGCCAGCUGACCGAAACCAAGUGAUCACAGACAAGAACGCGAAACGAGACUAUGUAGACGAAGAUGAUUCAUCGGUCUUGGUAGAAUAUUCGAGCAGUGUCACGUUUUCAAUCGAGAAACAUUACAGCGUGAUCAUCGAGAGUUGCAACACCGGCAAAUAUCAACUCGUCAUAAGCGCAUUGGAGGAGGUCUACUCAAAGCUGCAUGAGUUGAAUGAGGGGUGCCACAAAGGUUCCUACGGAUUCGAUGAAGUACUCGAAUUCUCCCACGAGUUCGUCAAAGUCUUGCUGAAAUUUCAAGCAAUCCUCUUGGUCAUCAAGAAGCAUCCCUUUAUUUUUGACAAAUGCGGUGUUACUCUUUUCAAAUGCGGCUACCAAUUCAGCGAAAUCUUCAAGUUCAUUCUUAGUUACAAGGUCGAUCUAAAAUCCUUGACUAUUUCCGUUGGCAUAGACUACAGCAUCUUCGGCGGGAUCGGGUUCUCCAUCCCUCACAUAGGCUGAGGCUCAUCCUUAGAUAACUUCCGGCCCACUUAGACAAUUUGAUUUACUUACUUCUUUUUCUUGGCCAUUUUGAUAGAAAGUCUUGACCAUCCUUCUUUAAAUCAUGUUUAGUGCUCUCCGCGUCCCCAAUUCAUCUCUGCCUUAGUCUUCCUCUUGACCAGCCUCUGAUCUUAUUACCUUACCAUCACGAGAUGAUUGUAAAAGUGCCAUCGCUUUAUACACCUACCCACUCAGGUCGCUCCCAAUGG